AUGUUGCAUACAUGCCAGAUUUCCGUUGGUAGCCGAAAGAGAGUGAACGCGGGGGCGCACGCCGCGAAGUGUACAGAAAUGAGGACACUCGGUGGCGGACAGAUUCGAGGAUGUCGAAAAACCGACCGACCGACAGACCGACCGACAGACCGACUGACAGACCGACAGACGGACGGACCAACGGACCGAGUGAGUGUGUGCUGUGGACAUGCAACCGGUACCGGUCGGUUUGGGCCGCCUCUCGCCCACACUUUUGGGUCGGUCAACCGAGAAACAGAGACACAGACAGCCGGGCCGUCGGGCCGUCGGGCCGUCGGGUUGUCGGGCAGUCGGGCCGAUCGGGAAUGCCAGCUCAACCGGUACAUUGAGGCGUUCGCGUAUAAAAGCCGAUUCGAGUCGCCCAGAGACAGCACAGUUGGCAGACGAGGCAGAUACAGACUGAAAGUGUGCUGGAAGGCCAACUUUGUGAUACAAUCUUGCAACCCCACACGUCGACACAAGAUGCAGUACCAACAACAACUCAUCGUUUGGCUCGUCUGUCUGUUGGGCGCCGGCGCGCCGGCCAUCGGCCAAGACGGCUGGAACGCUUUCUCCGGUCUGGACUAUCCCGACGCGGUGACUUCCACGAGUCUGCGUUACCAGGCGUCGAGCGAUGCCUGGAGACAACAGGGCGCCGAGGCGAUGGACGCCGGCGUGGCAGGCGACGAGUUCGCGGUGAAGAUGCAACGUCGAGGACUGCCGACCGACUGGCGCGAAUCGAGCCAGACGGACGCAAUGAAGCGUGACGCCGACGGCAUCGAGGCGAGACGGCAGCAGCGGAAAUUACGCGCAAUUCAACGCUUCUUGGCCACUCAAUCCGUGACGGAAGAGGCCAACAAUGCAAAACUGUUGUCAAGGCCUGCAAGCAGGAGGGGAUUUGAUGGGAUGCCGAAAUUUCUGAAGGAAGAGAUCAAACAAAAAGUGGACAACAUUAAUCAACGCUUCAUGCAGAAUGAAAACUACAGUCCAGAAGUAGAAACUAAUCUGCUGCCGUUGGAGACGAGUAAGUUCUGA